AUGAAAGAGGCUUGCACAGCUGGUGCUGACGUCUGCCUCUUCGCACGCAGAGGGCACAGCGUUUUGGUACUACUACUGGCGCGGGUUCGUUUUCUCACUGGAUUUGAUGGAUGCGAGUGCAUCGGCAUUUUCAUAGAUUCGCGUCGUUUUUCUGGACUCGCUGGUCGUCCGUCCCUUUUACUUGCUCACCAGAAAAAUCUUUUUGUCUGGCCUUUGUUGAGUUUCCCAGAUCGUAUUGCAAUUUCGGAAUCAUUCCCAAGUAUUGGAAUCUGUCUACUUGAAAAAGAGCAUCUAUCCAAACUAUCCAAGCCACGUGGCCUCCACAAGGAAGGAACUAUCAGUACCAGGAUGAAACUUUUGUGGAGUACUUCGAUCCUCCUCACUGUUCUGGCGGUGCCAUCGUCGGCGUCUCCCCUUUUCCAAGUGCCUUCGAUCGUCAAGAACGCGGUUCCACAAAGAGGUGGGGCUCGUGUGAUCGCUAAGGAUGAAAAAGAAAAGGACCUGGAUGUUUCCGUGUCCGUUGGUGGUACCCCUUAUGAUAAGAAUCGGGAUGCUCCAUUGCUCGACGACCUCAACAUUCUGUCCAACAUUCUUUCGGAAAUCGUCAACGUUGAAGACUCCAGG